GAAUUUUUAAUUGAAAAGCAGACGGAAGCGAAGCUGAACAGUGAACAGUGAACAGUGAACAGUGCUUACUGCUCACCGUUCAGCUCCCAAGUAUGAACAUUCGCAUGAUUCUAUCGGCUGCCAUCGUCCUCGUCUUGGCCAUUUCCUAUCUUCCUCUUCUUGACCGUAAAUAUUUUCUCAGGUGGAAGUCCUCAUUGUCUCCACGAGCAGAUUUGAUUGUGAGAAAUGGGGUCAUAUAUACGAGCGACGAGUCUCUCCUGUUUGCAGAUUCCAUGGCUGUGGGUAAUGGAAGGGUUCUUCGGGUUGGGAACUAUUCAUUUGUCCAGGAGUUGGCAGAUUAUAGAACUAAAGAGCUGGAUCUUCGGGGAAAGGUUGUAGUCCCUGGGUUUAUUGAUUCCCACGCGCAUUUCAUCAAUGGUGGACUACAGAUGGCACAGGUGGAACUGAGAGGUGUGAACAAAAAGGAAGAAUUUAUUAAAAGGAUCAAAGAUGCCGUAAAAAGCUCAAAACAAGGUUCCUGGAUUUUGGGUGGUGGAUGGAACAAUGAUCUAUGGGGAGGAGAUCUUCCCAGUGCCUCUUGGAUUGAUGAUUUUACUCAAAACAAUCCUGUUUGGCUAUCAAGAACGGAUGGUCACAUGGGAUUGGCUAACUCAGUGACACUAAAGUUGGCUGGGGUUACGAAGUUUUCAAAAGAUCCACAGGGAGGAACUAUAAUGAGAACUGCCAGUGGAGAACCAACUGGGUUGCUAAUCGAUUCUGCAAAGAAACUUGUUGAAUCCCAGGUUCCAGAGGAUUCAGUUGAUGACAGGAGAGAAGCAUUGCUUAGAGUAAGCAACCUUGCAUUGUCAAGGGGAGUGACAACAGUUGUUGACAUGGGAAGAUAUCUUCCAGGGGGAUCAUCAAAUCUUUCUUGGGAGGAUUUUUCAGAUGUUUACCAAUGGGCAGAUUCCUUGUUGAAAAUGAAAGUUCGAGUUUGUCUAUUUUUUCCAAUGGAGACAUGGUCACGUUUAGGUGAUCUUAUUAAAAAAGCAGGCUUUGCCCUGAGCCAAUGGGUAUACUUGGGUGGUGUCAAAGCAUUUGCUGAUGGGUCUUUGGGUUCCAGUAGUGCGUUAUUAUAUGAGCCAUACAUUGAUGAGCCUGAUAACUAUGGCCUGCAAGUAACAGAUGCUGAAGUCCUUCUCAACUUGACCUUGAAUUCAGAUCUGUCUGGUCUUCAGGUUGCAAUUCAUGCUAUUGGGGACAGAGCAAAUGACCUGAUCUUGGACUUGUAUAGUUUAGUAGCUUCUACAAAUGGAAUGAGAGAUCGAAGAUUCAGGAUUGAACACGCACAGCAUUUGGCUUCUGGAACUCCCAGUCGAUUUGGCAAACAAGGAGUUAUUGCAUCUGUGCAGCCAGAUUUCAUAUUAAAUGGUGCUGAAUCUGCUGGCAAAAAGCUUGGCAAGGAUAGGGCUGAAAAGGAAUCAUAUUUAUUUAAGUCACUCUUAGAUGGCAAUGCAAUAGUGGCAAUGGGCUCUGACUGGCCAGUGGCAGACAUAAAUCCCUUGAGUGGUAUUAAAACAGCAUUGACAAGAAGACCUCCGACUUGGGAAAAAUCCUGGAUUCCAUCAGAGUGCAUCCCAUUAGAGGAUGCAAUAAAAGGGUACACAAUCUCUGCUGCUCGUGCAAGUUUCCUCGAAAAUUAUGCGGGGUCCUUGUCUCCAGGAAAAUUUGCAGAUUUCGUCAUAUUAUCCACUGAUUCAUGGGAAGAAUUUGCUGAAGAAGCAUCUGCAUCUGUUGAAGCUACAUAUAUUUCUGGUGCUCAGGCAUAUCCUUGAACACUGCGGUUUCUGUGUGAAAUUCUGGUACCAUGGUGUGGGCCUUUGCCUCUUCAAAUCACGGUUGAGAUUAAAAAAUGAACUAUGACUUGUUGGCAUGUUAACCUUGAAUAUGAAUUUGUCAAAAAGCAUGCAAGCUGGGGAUUGAAGUUGUUUUGAGCGAGGAGAAACUGGAGAGAGGCGUGAUGUAUUGUUGUGUAUAAGUGCUAUGACUCUUCCUGAUAGGUCUCUCCCGCUUUUUUCUCCUUUUGGGUUUUGCACUUCCGAUGAGGAUUUGGUUCCUACUUCCUAGUUCCUUGUACUUGAAUCUUUUAGUUCUUCAAUCUAGUUAUAUUCUUCCGAUCCUUAAUAUAGGACCUAAUUGUUAA